AACUUUGUACGCGUCUACGAUUUGUUUCUGAGAAGGUCGUCGAUGACUUUGCGAUUAUACAAAAUUACAAAGAAAAAGUAUAGCAAUUAUAGUGUCCUUUUAUAACAGAUUUUUUAGAGAUAAAUAUAUACAUCAUGGCCGGUGCAAUGUUAUUCGAGAGGUCGCGCGUCUCCUCAGCAAACAGAGACGAAGACGUUCGCAUGACAGACAAAAUGGUCAGCACUGGCGAGGUCCCCGAAGAUGACGAAGAAAACAUACGUGCAAAAGAACAAGGAAUCUUGAAUCUUGGGGAGAAAUACAAGAAAGAGGGCAAAGCAAAAGAACUCGCAGAAUUAAUAAAAGCUACACGGCCAUUCCUUAGCCUUAUAAGUAAGGCUAAAGCAGCAAAGUUGGUACGUUCACUUGUCGACUUCUUCUUGGACUUGGAAGCGGGCAUCGGCAUUGAAGUGCAGCUGUGCAAAGAAUGUAUAGAAUGGGCGAAAGAAGAGCGCAGAACGUUCCUGAGGCAAUCUUUGGAAGCCCGCCUCGUUGCCUUAUACUACGACACAGGUAUGUACACAGAAGCGUUGGACCUGGCCACUGCUCUGCUCAGAGAAUUAAAGAAGUUAGAUGACAAAAAUUUACUUGUUGAAGUUUUGUUGUUGGAAAGCAAAACCUAUCAUGCCCUGAGUAACUUGCCUAAAGCCAGAGCUUCAUUAACAUCGGCCAGGACCACCGCCAAUGCCAUCUAUUGUCCACCCAAAAUGCAGGCAGCCCUAGAUUUGCAGUCAGGAAUAUUACAUGCAGCAGAUGAAAGAGAUUUCAAAACUGCUUACUCAUACUUUUAUGAAGCAUUUGAAGGUUAUGAUGGUGCAGAUAGUCCAAAAGCUCUUACUGCACUAAAAUAUAUGUUAUUGUCCAAAAUAAUGCUCAACCAGGCUGAGGAAGUAGGCACCAUUUGUGGAAGUAAAGCUGCUUUGAAGUAUGCAGGUAAAGAGAUGGAAGCGAUGCGUGCAGUAGCAACUGCAUCACACAAAAGAUCACUGGCAGACUUCCAAGCGGCCUUAAAAACUUACAAACCUGAAUUGGAGGAAGAUGCAGUGGUCCGUGCACAUUUGGGGGCUUUGUAUGAUACAAUGUUAGAACAGAAUUUGUGUCGUAUAGUUGAGCCUUACAUGAGAGUACAAGUUGAACAUGUUGCUCGUUCAAUCCGUCUGCCUGUAGUACAAGUUGAAAAAAAAUUGUCGCAAAUGAUCCUGGAUAAGAAACUGAAUGGGAUCCUGGACCAAGGGGAGGGUGUACUGAUAGUCUAUGACGAGUCUCCCCUGGAGAAGACGUACGAGACGGUACUGGAGACCAUUCAUCACAUGAGCAAGGUUGUUGAUACAUUGUACCAGAAAGCCAAGAAGCUAUCAUAGGCCUCGGUAUAUUGUUGUAGCUUUUAAAAUAUAUAUCAAAGUGAAUUUCUUUUUCAAAAAUUUUAUAAACAAAAGAAAAACAUUUUCACAACAAAACCAUCUUCAUUUAAUCAUACAUAAAAAAAUAAUUUCAUUUAAUAAAACAUGAGGUCAAAAGUAAAAAAAACUUUAAAACCUUAUUUUUAAUUCUGUAUUAGUUUCCAGUUAAUGUUGAGUUUUAAAUACUAAGGUCUGCAAUAUUCAGUACUAAUCCCUAAUAAAAUUUUCCAAAAUUUCUUUUUUUUCUUAUUUAAGCUAGUGACAAAUUAUAACAUUCUGUUUUAUUGAGAAUAAAAGCCGUUCUCUUA